UUCAAAUAUUGUAAUUUUAUUGUCAGUUUCUUCCUUUUAUGUUCGAAAAUUUAUUUAUGAAGAAAAUUUAUAUUUGAAAGAAUGUCUACGCAUAAGAAAUUUAAACGUAAAAUAAGUAAAAAGACCGCCAGAGGUGGUCUUUUGGAUAGGUACAGUCCUUUCACAGAAUUGUUCAAAGUGCCGGCUACAAGUCUGAAGAAAACGGUGAAUGUAUUUGAAAGCUAUGAGCCUGAUCCUGGGGAAUGUUUGGACUAUAAUAUUUCUCAGACUUAUGUAAAAUGGAACGUCGGCGAGACGAACAUCAACGUAACCGAAACUCACGCAGAUUACGUUCCCGCCCCUGAAAGUUUUUCCAAAAAGAUAAAAAAACGCAAAUCAUAUACUGGCGUGCCACCUAUUAGCAAGACUGUGGAUGAAAUAUGGCUGGAAGAAAGAGAAUCUUCACAACGCAGAGGCAAGCAGGAGUUCAAGCAAUUCAGGAAGAAGAGGAAGAUCGCUGACAAGAUAAGAGGUAACUGCCUCCACAAUACAGUAUUAGGUAUGGUUGGACCAGAUUGGUACCAAGAACUUUCCCCAAAGCAACUCGAAACCGUUGAUGAUCUAGAGCGAUGCAUACUGCAAGAUUAUGUAAGCAAGGGCUACAUCAAUACUAAAGAAAAUAUGGCUGCCUUAGGUUUGGUGUUACGUCCAAAUCCACAAAAACUAGAGAGAGCUUUGGAAAUUUGCUGCGGCGAUCCCGUAGAGUUCCUGCUAACCCUUUAUCAAUUAAGCAAUCCAAAGAGAAAACAAUACUCCGUCAAUGAUAGACUGAUUCUAUCAGCUGUUGUCCAUUUGACUAUGACCUUCACAUUGAGAGAGUUGCAUGUUAGAAUUCCUUCUCCACCAAGGAAACCUAAGGUAGUUCAAGAGGAGCCACAAGAAGUGAAAAAGGCGAAAUAUAAGUCUCCAUAUUUGGUGCCGUACACGUUCAAACCAAAGCCACCAGCUCAUACUGGAGAGUAUAUCAACAGUCAAAUUCAACAUCCUGAAAGUCCGUAUUUUAGUUACCUCGAAGAUCUGGCAGGAGAAAUGGCGCAAAUGAGGGAAGAUCCAAAUCUAGGCAUUAUGAGUAGAGGGCUAGAUGGCACCGAGAUUGUAUAUGAAAUUCAGGCAGCUCAAGACUACUAUAACGAAAUACAUGGAACCAACAAGAACUGUAUUCUGCCACCAACAAUUCUAGUACCUUUAGAAAAAGACCAAAGGAAUGCUAUUGGUGAUACUAAAGCUUUGCUUGAUGACUUAAAAGAAAUGACGGUGAAUGCACCAUUUGUUAAGGUCCAGGGAAUAGUUUUCGUCAACGCUGGGGUGGUCAUCACUAAUUUAGGUAGAGUAUUUUUCGUACAAGGAUCGUAUCAAUCAAGUGAUCUUGAACAUCCGAUAUAUCAAUACGAAGAAAAAGAACCGAGUUUGUCUGCUUUGAACACAAAUAUUGAAGACGAUUGCUGCAACGUUGGGGAGCAGGACGUUAAAUGCCUACCAGGAGCUCAACAACUAAACGAAUUUGAGGAGUCAGGAAGAGAAAAAUCGCCAGCACCUGCAUGCAACGAAGUACAUCCAACAUUUGAGGACUCGUCAAACGGAGAUGGUUGUAUCUGUACCAGCAAACGGAUAAUUGGAAAACCCUUUAAUGGCGAAGCGCUUUUUGUCAAUGGUGGUAUAGCUAUUUCACGCAUUGGGCCAGCGUAUUUGGUCUCCUAUUCUGUGGUAAGGGUUGAUGAGGCACAACCGUUGAGGAGACCGAGAAUAUGCUGUAUGAAGGGUGCUGAGGAUUCGGGAUAUUGGGCAGCCAAAGGUGGGGCCUGCACGUGUGUGGCUCAGCGUAAAGCUGUUCUGAGAAGAUAUCAACACUGUUAUCCUGUUACCUAUGUGAUCGGAGGGAUUGUUAUGACUGAGGUUGGUCCUGCUUAUAUGGUGUCCUCGGUUUGUAAGAAGAAAGAAAUUAAAAAACCAGAAGUAGAAACUGCGGAUCCAGACGCGUGCAAAUGUAAACAAGAAGUUGAUAGAUUUUUGAAACACAGGUGCGAAUGUGAAACGUGUCGAGCUCAAGAAAGACAAGACAACGCUACUUUCAUAAUCGCCGGAAUGAAAGGGCAAGAAAUUGAUCCUCCCAUUCCAAUAAUAUCUGCAUGUGUGUCCCAGAAGAACUGCAACUGCCUGGAGAGAUACAUGGAAAAAUUAAAAACGAUGCAUGAGUACAGGCAGAGACUUGAGACUCGAUGGAGGAUGAUGUCUAUACAGAAUAAGUACGCUAUUGGAGGUGUCGUACAAACGGCCAGAGGUCCUAUGUAUAUGCUGACUGGCAUCAGGCCCCCAAUACAAUGCGCAUGUGCGGAAAUGCUGCGAAAGCAAGACGAAGAGAAGGAAGCUAGGAAGAGAAUGCCCGAACCGCCUCCAGCAGGGAGGAUCAAAUAUCAUAUACAGGGUGUCAGACAAAUGAAAUGCGGGCAGAGUGUGUAUAUUUUAUCACAGGCGCUGCCUGUUGAGCCGUGCCCCUGUGAGGAAUUGUUUAACAGGCAAAUGACCUCUUCUAAAUAAAAGAGGUUUUAGCAAGUACAAAAUGAAUCUGAAGCGCACAAAAAACCAAAACAAAAUAUGGCUGUGUCUACUUGGCAUUGACGGAUUCGUCGGAAUUAUGUGUCCUUUGCCGAUAUGGGGAAUUUUGAAAUAUUACUAGAUAUCCAGCCGUUAGUGGAGAUCGCAGAUUUUCAGAAUGAGUUUCACAUGCACUCGUGGACAAAAAGUGCAUCUGAUACGAUAGUAUAGUGUCUCUAUUUUCGCAGGGAGCUUGGGAGGUCAUUUUGUAUAAGAACUUGAGAUUCCAGGGUGCACAUUCAAGAUGCAUGGAUAGAUACAAAAGUUUCAUGAGCAAAAUACAAGAAGCUCAUAAAGACUGGGGCUUAGGCGAGCGUUGGUAUGAGAGCGACCAACCUAUCGAAGAAGAGAGAAAGCCGAAGACUUUGAGAAAGAAGAAGAAAAAGAAAGAUUUCCAUGGACGAAAAAGCAUUGUGUUUUUGGAAAUCGACCCAGUGGCGACGGAGCUAAACACGAAAAAGGAAAAACAACGUCUAGGAGGCGGUUUCUGACCAUUUUGAGGGAACUUUUUGUGCUGUUAAAAAAUGGCAGUUGGAGCAACCUUCAUGUCAGAUUACGAUUACGAUGCACAAUAUUCCGUGACAACUCCAAUGCAAGACAGAUCAUCGAACAUGAGCUUUCUAACGUGGGACAAUGUAGAUGAAAAAAGUAUCGACAUGAGGUAUGAUGAUCGUUUUGACGUCAUCGAUGACCCCUGCGUAAAAACAACAUCGAAAAAUUAUACUGCCAAAAGCGGCACGAGGCUGUCCCGGUCUAAGGAAAAAGUUAGCAAAAAAGCUGUAAUCAUUCCAGAAGAAAAAGAAAGCGAGAUUAAAACUUUUUUCCCGACUAUCGGAGACCUAGAUUGCAGCCCAACAGAUCUUGUACAAGAAGAAAAAAAAGAAGAAAUUGGUGGUGUUACAGUGAGCACACAGGAAAGUGAGCUCCCAGAACCAGUUUUUGUGGAGUCCCAAGAGGUGUUGCAACCCCCAGAGCUGCCUGAUAAGCCGUUAUGUAGACCUGAACCUGGAGACGCCUACAACUUUGAAUUGACUAAACCAAAGUCUCCGUGUGAACCGACAGACUUCAUGACGACCCCUUGUUGGGAAUCGGAGGCAUCAUCCAGUGUAGCCAGCACAGCGUCAUGUAGAAGCGAUUGUCAAAGUGCAAAAGCAGGCGCAACUGUUGCUUCGCCCCACAGCAUACCAAAACAGCCAUUGUGCCAGUGUCUUCCCAAGGCAAAAGCAGUUCAUGAGCCAGAUGAGCUUUAUGGCUUCAAGAGAUAUGCUAUACUGAAAAAAAUCCCGUGUGAUGAGAAGGGGCAGAGAAAAAUUUUAAAGAGGGUGCUCGAAAUGAUGGCAGAAGACGGCUUUGUUCUAGCACGGUUGCCAGAUGCCUACAAAUUGCCCCAUUUCAAACUUUGGAUGCAGAUGAGAUGUGGAAAAAUAUGGACAAGGAAAGAUAGAGACAGGUUGAAACUGUUAUCCAUAACGCUGUGGGGACAUACCGAAAUAUGCUACCAGCCUGUAGAUGUUCCACAUCUACGCAUCAGCCAUAAGAGGGCCAAUGCUAUGACUUGGAAUCACGCAAACUAUCUGAGGCAAACGCUUACCGCUAAAUAUGAAGAAUUCUACAGGGCGCUCAGAAAGGCAAGGAUCAACAGUGCAAGAGAAUUUUAUCCAACAACGUUCUCUUACGAAUUUCCCACGCGUACGUUCAGAGAUUGUUACUUUGCAUACUUACCGGCGAGAGAAGAAGACCUUGUUUUUCCUACUAUCGAAGAAAAGAAAUUCCUUAAAAGAUACCAAUGUUACUGCUGAAUCAAACAAAAAUGAAGACAUCUUUGAGAUUU